AUGCAUUGUUCAGGACGAGUCCUCCGUGGUCAGCUUGUCAACAGCGCCAACUUGCAUACCUGGCAGAGUUUACUAGCUCCAUUAUCCACGUUCCUGUUCUGCCAAACUUGCUCCGCUUCUCCGGGUACUGUUAAACCUUGCUCCGCUCCAAACCCUGUUUCACGUCCUUCUCAGCUCUCUCCUAAGCCUGUUCAAUUAUCCUCCAUUUCUGCUGAAUCCUGUGUUCGAGCUUUUAUUUCAACCUGGGUGUCGAGAUUUGGAGUUCCUGCGGUUCUAACAUCUGACAGAGGUUCUCAGUUCACAUCCUCUGUUUGGACCAGAGUCUGCACUACCCUAGGAAUCUCAGCCUCUACUACAACCUCUUUCCAUCCUCAGAGUAACGGUAUGGUCGAGAGGUUUCACAGAAGCUUGAAAGCUUCUCUUCGAGCAAGAUUAGCAAACUCUGACUGGAUUUCUCAUCUUCCUAUGGUUCUCCUGGGUUUGAGAGCCACUCCGAAAGACGACACCGGCCUCUCAGUAUCCGAGGCUGUUUAUGGUGCUCCUUUGUCUCUUCCUGGUGAACUUGUAGAUGUGCCUGAGCUACUUCCUGACGCAGUUCUCAGGAAAGUUAACAGAGCUGUUGAGGGUUUCGCCGUUCCUCCGCCUCAUCAUGUUCGUCCUGCCCCUCCAGUCCAACUACCUGAAGCUCUCAUCUCGGCUAAAUACGUGUUUGUUCGUGAGGAUUCAGUUAUAUCAUCAUUAGCACCACGUUAUCGAGGACCUUAUUUGGUGAUCGACAGGAGAGACAAAUUCUUCCGCCUCCAGGUUGGUUCUAAGCAAGACGUAGUAUCCGUUGACCGCUUGAAACCAGUCUUCAGUGAUGUCCCUGUUACCACUACAAUUCCUCCGCCUCGAGGAAGACCCAGGCUUAGACCAGCACUUGCUACUACAACCACUCCGCCUCCGUCCGCCGCAAAGAAGUCUAAGAAAGUUAGGUUCCUUCUCAAUCCUCAAAUUGUUCCGCCACCUAUACCUUUACGACAGAAUCCACACAGAGCUGCAAGAGAUAGAAGGAUCUGCUCCGCCAUUUCUCCACCGUUCCUUCUGGGAUGA